UCGGAUCCCGGCUCGGGCUGGCGGGAGGACGCUGGAGGCCGCCGUCGCCCUCCCGCACCCUCCCUGCCUGGCCGUGCCUCUGCCACCAGGUGACUCAAUGAAAGAAAAAAAUGAAAGGCAUUAAGAAAAGUCUCACAGAAGAAUAUCUAUACCUGGACUUUUCUCACCAAACAGAAGGAUGCAUUUUUCCUCUUCAUACAUCUGUAACUUUAUUUUUGUUAUCAUACUGUGACUGUAGAAUCUUUAAAGUUUGCUUGGUCCUCGCCAAAGAAGGUACAGAUAGUUCACCACUAAGAGAUGUGCUGUCUCAGGACAUUGAAAUCCAGCUUAUUUCAAGGCAGGAGCUUCCACCGAUAGUCCAGAAUUGCUGUUUACCUGCAGUAGUGGAACAACCAGACAAUUUUUGUAGAGCGGGACUUGCUGUGGUACUGAGACACAUAAUCCAGAAAGCGUAUGAAACAGACCCCUCCAAGAAGGAAAUUUUGGAACUUCUGGGCUUUAAAAAGACUUGUUUGAAAGCCUGUGCUGAAGUCAGCCAGUGGACCAGGCUGUGUGAGCUUACCAUCCCUUUGGCUAUUGAGAAUUUCCUCAGAGAGUCUUUGGAGCAGCCCACAGCCAUCCCCGUGGAAAUCCUGCAGCUGGAGAAGAAGCUGAGCGAGCCUGUGAGAGUCCACAACGACGACAAACUCCGCAGGCAGAAGCUGAAGCAGCAGAAGGCAGCCGGCGUCGAGCCUGCCCUGGCUAAGGAACAAGCAAAGAGCCACAUCCAUCCUCUGGAAGCGUCGGAAGAGUCAGACUCUGCAUCCCAGAGUCUGGAACUGAAAGUGGCGUUCUCGAAGCUUGAAGUGCAGGAAGGGCCAGCAGCUCCCAGCAGGGAGCCUCCCCACAUCCGGAAAGCCAAAGCCUCUGACCUUCCUCCUCUGGAGCAUGUGUUUGCAGAAGGGCUUUUCUUCACCUUGGCAGACAUCGUGCUCCUGCCCUGUAUCCACCACUUUCUGGUCGUUAUCUGCAAGAAAUUUUCUGAGAGGUUGACAGAAUUUCCAUUGCUAGCCUCUUGGUACCAGAGGAUUCAGGAAGUGCCGAGAGUAAAGACAGCAGCUUCUAAGUGUGGGAUCCAGUUUCUCCACUUACCAGAGCUGUUGACCACUCCAAAUGAACACUAUCCACAAUUAAGUGAAGCCCCAAGUGGAGAGGAACAGAAUGAUCCUUUAUUUACAGGAGGGCCAAGACCAACUAUGACCAAGUUAAUGGAAAAAGGCAUUGAAGUGAUGUUUUCUCCCCACCCCUGCCCUAUGUGGACCCUUGACUGGAACAGUCUUCCUGCUGCAGUGAGCCCGAAGGAAGGCCGAAUGUCCAGUGACCGAGCUUUGAGGAAGCAGCAACAGCUAAACAACCUUGUUUAUGUGGUGAUGAAUCAGGCCAAACCUGGUGACAGAAUUGUGGAUUUCUGCAGUGGCGGGGGCCAUGUUGGAAUUGUUCUUGCUCACAUGCUGCCAUUGUGCCAGGUUAUAUUAAUAGAAAACAAAGAAUUAUCAUUAAUCCGUGCUAAGAAGAGAAGUGAUGAACUAGGUUUAAGCAACAUCUGGUUCAUUCAAGCAAAUAUGGAGUAUUUUGCAGGAAUGUUUAAUAUUGGGGUGGCCUUGCACGCUUGUGGCGUGGCAACAGACAUGGUCAUUGAACACUGCAUCAAAACCCGGGCUUCCUUUGUCACCUGCCCCUGUUGUUACGGUUUCAUUCAGAACACCUCAAAGUUUAAUUUUCCAAAAAGUGAACAAUUCAAGAAAACUUUAUCAUACAAGGAACACAUGAUUCUAUGCAGGUUUGCGGAUCAGACAGCAGUCCAGCUUCCACCCCAACGGAGGCUCAUAGGAAAGCAGUGCAUGUGCCUGGUGGAUUUGGACCGAGCAAGAGCUGCAGAAGAGCACGGCUACUCUGUCCAAGUGAUAUCCAUGGAGCCGGAGAGCUGCUCUCCCAAAAAUAACAUGAUCGUGGGAGUCCCUGUUUAGGAUGUGAUGCACACGUUUAGGUGCCUUGCCAUUGACCUCAGUGAAAGCCUGGGGACGUCCAGGAGGCUCUUGGCGUAACCAGGAAGCGGCAUUAGCCAUCCUGAGCCUGCUGUGCUUAGGAAGGCAGCACCCAGAAAGUCCUGGGAGAAAGGCUACCUGCAGCGCAUUAUAAAUGUCCUUACCUGGUGAUUAGAGCUGCUGGUUUUCACACUGAGAACACCUCGAAAUCUCAGCUGUCGAAAGAAUAAUGCCAGUGGAGGGCCAACUACUGGAAUAGCAAUUUCCUUCUCAAUCCAUAACAUUUUCCUGGCCUUGCCAACAUGAUAUUCAAUUCCAGAUAAUAUGCUUGCAGCCUUUAUUUUAUAAUCACUGAGAUAGACACAUGUGGAAACUAAAACUAAACUCAGUGAUAGUUUUAUGUAUUUUAUAUUUUUAAUAAUUGUACUUUUUCUAUUAUUUUUUUAAGUCCAGAAAGGUAUAACAUAGUUAUUUUUAAGCUGGGGUUAGUUGAAUUUUUGUAUAUCAUUUAGUAUACUUGUUUGAAGUUAAAUUACCAAACAAGAUCAUCCUGUGUUCAGACACUUUGUAUAAACAGAUUAUAAUUUCAGUAAUUUUCACCCUGUUGGGAACAUGGAAUUUGGACAUCAGUUCUAACCAAAUAGUAAAUACACUGAUUACUUAAUUCAAAUUUAUAAAAGAUAAUUUGGAAUCGCAGUAUUUUUAAGACCCGAGCAUACAUUUUUUGAAGAUACAAAACCUUAUUUGAAUAAUUUGCCUACAUUUCCUUUUUUACCAGCCAGCAUUGUUAGAGGUAACAUAUCCUCUUUCACAUGCUAUUUACUUAACUUUACAUGUCCUGAAUCAUUCCACUUAGGAUUCUACUGGUUUUGAUAUCUCUUAAUUCCUGUGACACGUGUCAUAAGAAGAUGAGGGUUUGUCCAUCAUCAAGGGUUUAAAUACAAGAAUGACUUAUAGGGCAGCAUGGGAGGGGGAGGGUUGUAGCUUUAUCUCCUAACAUUUAAGGAAGUUAUCCAUUAACCCUGAGAAUUUUAGCCAUUUGUGUCCAUAGAUACAACAUGCUUUUUUUCCUGGACUUUUUUUUUUAAUUGAGAUAUAAUUUAUGUACAACAUAACACAUUUUUAAGCAUUUCAUUUGAAAGCUUUUGGUAGCUGUAUAUACCAACACAAUAACCACCAAAAUAAAAUACAUAAUUAUAUUAUAUAUUGUAAGAUACAUGUGCUGAGAAUAUUUUCCCAGCUUGUGACUUAUACUUAUUUUCACAAUGAAUGUUCUGAUUUUGAUGAAAUUUAUCUUCUUUUAUGGUACCUAUUUUCUGUGCCCUUUCUAAUAAAUCUACCUAAUCCUAAAGUUAA